ACGGAGGACGCUGAUGCGGCGUUGAAUGUGUGGACAGUCAUCAAACCUGGACACGUGCGCGAAAAGAUUGCAAUAUUUGCUUCGGAGGCAACACGGACGGAUGGGGCAGACAAUGGUGAUUACAGCUCAACUCACUGCUUGAGCCACGGCGAUCCAGUUGCAAAGGCAUGUGCCAAUGGCAGCACUCCGCUGGGGCCGCUCCGCGCCGUGAAGGCCAAGGGAAGUUGGGAAGAAAAUCGCUCUGCCAAGAGGCGCCGCAGGUGCUUAAGCAACCAGAACCACCAGCUGGACCAGAGGAGCCACAUCCUGACUGAACCAGAGCCGAGGUGCUCAGAGGSUCCCGGUGGGCAGCGUGGGGAGGCACCGGAGCCAGCCAGCGGACCAACGCCAGCGGAGGAGGARCAGAAGAUCUCUGUGGUGGAGAUGGUGGCGUUCCUUGAGCAGAGAGCGAGCGAGCUGCAGCCAAACAUAAAACCUCUGUUAAGCCUCCAGAGGAGCUCCACCACCAUCACCCUUUCCAGAAACCCCCGGCCUGAGAUCAAGGAUGGGGACGAGCCAGACAUCGUCAGGGUGUCAGAGAUGGUGGCCAAGCUGGAGUCCAAGUGUCUGAGGAGCAGCGAGAUGAGUCUGUCUAGGAGCAACAGCUUGAAGAGGACGGUGGGGCGUGUCCUGCUGGCUGCUGGACAGAAGAGCUUCAGCUCCUGCUGGACACAACCCCAGCCACAACCCUCAUCAGGACCACCUGAAACUCUGACWGCAGUCCGGGUGGAGCUGCCUKUACAGGUGAAACCCACUGUCCGGGUGGAGUCCCCUGCCUGGGUGCUGCCCCCCACCCCAGCUGUAYUGUCUCAGGAGGUUUCUGGGGAGACCGCGGGCCUUCAGAGUGCAGAGCARGAACCGCUGCCCGGCCUCCUGUUCCAGUCUCCUGAUGAGACGGGGCCAGCGCUCUGCACCCCCCAUUACAGAACAACCUUUUAUCUGGAGCCCGCCCUUCCUCCGGUCAGCGCCCCCCAGAGGGCAGAGAAGAACAAGGCCCACAAGACCAUGGGUUGUCCUCCUUGCUCUUCCGCGGUGCCUCUCAGCCGUAGCGCCUCGGUGUCGCAGGACUUYCUGUGGGUGCGCCAGAGGCUGCAGCAGCUGCUGGCSCCCCAGUCGUACCUGCUGCUGCUGCCGCACCACCUGCUGGUCAAUCUGCUACUGCUGCUGCCCACCCAGAGCCUCGCCGCGCUCAAGUGCACCUGCAGCUACUUCAAGUUCGUCAUCGAGAACUACAGCGUGCGGCCCGCCGACUCGCUC